AUGAACAGAAUGUUUCGAAUUUCUCUAAUGUCAAGGGUAACUACCCGGUCUAUUCUCAAGAGAUCAUCAACUCUUUCAAUAAUAACCACGCCUCCAUCAGUAUAUAUCAACUCAACUAGGGGAUUUGCUAGUCAUGCAGAGGAAAAAGAUUUAGUCAUAAUUGGAGGCGGUGUCGCGGGAUACGUUGCUGCUAUCAAGGCUGGUCAGGAAGGACUCAAGGUCACCUGCAUUGAGAAACGUGGCACUUUAGGUGGAACCUGCUUAAACGUAGGAUGCAUUCCAUCGAAGGCUCUUUUAAACAACUCGCAUCUUUAUCAUCAGAUCCUCCAUGAUACGAAAGCACGUGGGAUAGAGGUCAGCGAUGUUAAGCUAAAUCUAGCACAAAUGAUGAAGUCCAAAGAUACUGCAGUGGCUGGCCUCACUAAAGGUGUCGAAUUUCUCUUUAAGAAAAACAAUGUCGAAUAUAUCAAGGGGUCCGCUGCCUUUGCCGGCCAACAUGAAAUCAAAGUGGACCUAACUGAUGGCGGUGAAAAAACCAUAUUCGGAAAAAAUAUUUUAAUCGCUACCGGAAGUGAGGCCACCCCAUUUCCAGGACUCGAGGUCGACGAAAAGCGCAUCAUAACCAGUACAGGUGCUAUCGCGUUAAGCAAGGUUCCCGAAAGUAUGGUUGUUAUCGGCGGUGGAAUAAUCGGCCUUGAGAUGGGCUCAGUUUGGUCGCGAUUAGGUGCAAAAGUCAGCGUUGUUGAAUAUUUGAGCCAGAUUGGCGGUCCUGGUAUGGAUGCUGAAAUCUCCAAAUCAGUCCAAAAGAUCUUCAAGAAGCAGGGCAUAGAGUUCAAACUCAAUACCAAAGUAAUUGGUGGAGAUGCCAGCGGUGAAAAAGUUAAGCUUAUGGUAGAAGCUGCUAAAGGCGGUAAACCAGAGACUUUGAGUGCAGAUGUCGUUCUUGUGGCUAUUGGACGUCGACCAUACACUGCAGGUCUUGGAUUAGAAAAUAUCGGUCUCGAGACUGAUGAUAAGGGACGAAUCAUCAUUGAUUCUGAGUACCGAACGAAGAUUCCACACAUCCGUGUUGUUGGCGACUGUACCUUUGGUCCUAUGCUUGCGCACAAAGCUGAGGAAGAAGCGGUAGCUGUUGUUGAGUACAUAACAAAGGGACAUGGUCAUGUGAACUAUGGAGCCAUACCUUCAGUUAUGUACACACAUCCAGAAGUUGCAUGGGUUGGACAGAACGAAGAAGAGAUUAAGGCUUCCGGCGUCAAGUAUAAGAUCGGCACAUUCCCCUUCUCUGCCAACUCUCGGGCCAAGACGAAUCUUGAUACAGAUGGUAUGGUCAAGAUGAUUGCUGAUGCCGAAACUGACCGAAUUCUCGGUAUUCACAUCGUUGGGCCUAAUGCUGGAGAAAUGAUAGCCGAAGGAACCCUAGCUCUAGAGUAUGGGGCAUCUAGUGAAGACAUUGGACGGACUAGUCACGCUCAUCCCACGUUAGCUGAGGCGUUCAAAGAAGCUGCUAUGGCUACGUACGGUAAAGCAAUUCAUUUCUAG